AUGCCUGAACGAAAAAGAUCUGUCGACAGUUUUGAUGAAUAUUUUGGUGUGUCAUCAACAACAACAAAUAAAGAUGAUCAAACGAGCACUAAAACGUCUGCAAUAUUAAAUAGGACAUUAUCCAUCGAUGAAAAACAACAAAAACCAUUAUCGAAAAAAUUGCCAUCCAUUACACCUUACAGCGAUGAUGAUAAUAAAGAAAAUGAUGGUUAUCAUGAUAACAAGACGAUUAUUGAAAAAGAUCAUAAAAGGCAAGAAUUAGAAAAAGUAACUAAUAGCAAUAAUGACCAAACGGUAACAAAACAUCAUCAAGGUUUAGAUGCGCUUAUUACUCGUGCUCCAACCUAUUCGAAUAAAAAUAUAAGUUUGAAUAAUAAACAGUCAAACAAUAACUUAUCCACUAAAAUACGUUCACCACCGAUCGUUGAAACAAAAUUCAAAGUAAAUAAUAAUAGUAAAACACAGGCAUCGAAUCACGAUGCUGAUUCAAUUCGUUCGGCUGCCUAUUCAUCCGAUUUCGAUAAUGAUGAGGGUGAUGAUGAUGAUGAUGAUAGAACAAUCGUGACAGAUCGUGUGAAGAAACAUGCUUCUUUACCUCCAUCGAAACGAAAUCAAAAUCGUAUUGCAGGUACUUUGUCAAAACGUCAUGGUAGUGAAUCAGAAUUGAAAUCAACAACAAUUAUUAUUAAACCAAAUCAAAAUCAUAAUCGUAUUCGACGCAAAGAAAAUUUUUUGCCAUCUAUUCGAAAUUCAAAUGAAAUGACUAAAAUGACUAAUAAUAAUCUAAAAAUACUAAGACCUCAUCAUCUAAAACGAAAACACGAACAACAACAGUUUUCUAUGCCAAAAGGUGAAGUUGAACCAGGAUUACUAUCGGCACAAAAUACAAAAAUGAAAAUAUUGGAAAAUAAAAUCGCUGAAUUAAAGUUAGCUUUAGAUACCAUUCGUAUGGAAAAUCAUACGCUAAAGACAAUUCAACGUCGUGAAGAGAUGGCAAUAAAAAAAUAUGAAAAUCAAGAUUAUGAUAUUCAACGUGUUAUAAAAGAUUAUACAUCCGAAACUCAAUAUUUUAAAGAACUUUUAUUCAAUGAAAAACAAUUAAAAUUAAGAUUAGAAAAAACGGUUGAUUCAAAAAAUGAAAAAUUACGUGAUACACAACAACGUUUGAAAUAUUAUGAAAAAAUUGCGUCAGAAAAUCAUCUUGAUGAACGAUAUGCAAUGAAAGAAAAAAUACAACAAACCGAUCGAAAAUAUCAAGAAUUAUUAGGACGAUUAACAACACAAGAAAAACAUACAGAAAAUUUGGAAAGAAAUCAUAAAUAUGAAAUAAAUACAUUGUUGCUGAAACAAAAAGAAUUGAAACAUGAAUUAAAUAAACGACAAACAGUUUAUAAUGAAAUGAUGCUGAAAUUAGAAAACAAAACAAAACAAAUAGAUACAAUGCAUAUUUAUACGCAACGCGAUGGUCAUCGACCAGAUACAGAUACGUCAAAAUCACGUUCGUUACAAUCGUUACAACAACAAACCGAUACAUCACCAAGAUUUCGAGAAAAAAUAUUAGACUAUGAUAAAAAGAGACGAACAGAACAGGAAAAGAAGAAAACUCAACAACAACAUUACGAACAGCAGCAACAAACAAAAAAAUUACGAACACAUCUGCCUCGAAUAUCAACUCAUAAGAAACAGAUUAAAACUCAACAUAAAGCUCACACAGAUGAUGAAAAAAAAAUCAAAAAAGAUUCAAUUGUGCAAAACAGUGAAACAUCAACAUUUCAUCACCAUAAACCUCGAUAUUUCUCCUCGCCGGAAAGUGUUGCUGAACAAAGUAGCGAUGAUGAUGAAGAUAGCAGCAUUAUUUCAUAUCAUAAAAAAAAAGCUAAUAAUAAUCAAACGAAUCCAACAAAUAUGAUGCAGCGUAGUGAACCACCAAUAUCACACAGCAGAAAUCUAACAUCUGUUGCGGAAGAAACUAAAACUACCAGUAAUAAAUAUAUUUCAACAGGUGUUGGAAAUACUCUCUUAGUACCACCGGUAUUCAGAUUAACUGAACCACCACCGUUUCAAUCAAAAACAAAAGUUGUUAAAGAUUUAGAUGAAAAAUGGCAAGAUGUAUUUAAUACAAAUGAUAAUAAAAAACAAGCAAAAGAUGAUUUAUUAGCAAAGUUAGUAGCUGCUACACCAACUAUAUCGCUAUCUAAAACUAUCGUCAAUGAUGAUGAUAAAAAGACAACUAAACCUUCUGAACAUUCAGUUAGUCGUGGUUAUGAAUUUGAUUCAGCAACAACGAAUUUACACGAAGGACGAGCAUUGAACGGUACUGCAGUAAAAAAAGUAGAUCCACUUGAAUCGUUAUUUGGUACAAACUCAAAAACAUCAUCAAUAACAAAUCAACAUACUCCAGACGAUAUAUUUGCAAGUAAAACAUCAGUGAAUACUAUUAAAGAACAGAAAACAGAUCUGUUCGAUUCUCUAUUCGCACCACCACCUCCAAAAUCUACGAAGAAUACUACUACUACCACAACAUCAUCGGUAAAAAAUAAUUCAGAUAAAUCAACAACUAAUCAAUUACAGCGGCCAAAAAUGGUAACCGAUAUAAAAUAUCCGCUGAAAAUUAAUAAUAGAGCAACUAUGGAGGAAGUAGAAGAGUUUAUUCUUUGA